AUCAUUACACUUUAAUGACUUCCGGCACUGUCUGGUGCUCCGUAAUGUCGGAGAUAGCGUUCAAAGUGCUUCUAGUCGGUGAUUCUAAGGUCGGCAAGACAUCGUUUGUGAAGCGAUAUGUUUUCGGGAUGAAUACACGGAGAGAAUACAAGGCGACGGUAGGAGUUGACUUUGCAUGUAAGGCUAUACCAUGGGACCAGAACACGACUAUCCGCCUCCAGUUUUGGGACAUAGCGGGCCAGGAGAAAUAUACGUCCAUGACACGUGCGUACUACAGGGAUGCUACGGCGUGUAUUAUCAUGUUUGACUUGACUUCUCAGCCGACAUUCAGCAAGGUCGUAUUCUGGAAGGAAGACCUUGAUAGCAAGUGCAAGCUUCCUGAUGGAAAGCUAAUCCCUUGCAUUCUGGUAGGCAAUAAGAGUGAUCUGUCUGCAAGACCUGUUCCCAAGCAGACAAUCGACAAACUCUGCAGAGACCAUUCAUUUCUGGGUUGGACUGAGAUGUCGGUCAAGGAGGAAGUCAAUAUCUCAGAAACUGUGGAGUUUCUCGUCAAAGAGCUCAUGGAAAACCAUUACGGUGAAUCAAGUUGUGCUAUCGAGAAUCAUCCUGAAGGUGGCGGGUAUAUCAAACUCAGUAACCAUGAAAAACAACAUGCUUAGAAACGAACCUGUUGCUGAUGCCAUGGUGUUUUUAAGUGAUAGAGCAAAUGGGGUAGAAACCCUUUUUAGGCAUACGCAGCUAGCAUUCUCCCGUCCAAGAUUAGUUAGAUCAAGAAUUAGAAACAAACGGUUAGGUUAACCACACGGAGCCUGCGAACGGUGGACUUGUAUAGCGACAUACUAUAUCCUUAAACAUAGCUGUAGCAGACCUCUAAUUAUUGGGGGCACGAUUCAAAACCGAUAAGAAAACAAUGGGUGGCAUAGCCACGCCCCUGUUCAUUUCCUUAACUUUUGAUUUUUUUUGGAGGAGGGGGGCGGCUACCCCAGUGCCCCACCCCUUGCUACGGCUCUGCUAUAUCAUGUGUUUAGUUGGUUUGAAAUGUUGAAAAUUAGCCAGGAACGCAGCUGUGGCUAGAAAUGUUAGUCUGAAAACCCUUCGGGCAGUCUUUUACAAUUUAGAACUCAUAAUUCUAAUUAUGAGCCCAAGGGAACCUCCUCGCUAUAAAUUCGAAUACCUUCGACAACUCGAACAAUCGUUAAAAAGAUUUUACCGCCAAUAGUAACGACUGUCAAAUGGCAGUUUGCAACUACAGAACCUCUGUAACAAAACCGCCUGCUUUUGUUUCGAUUUGGGUUUUGUGGGAUCCCUGUGGCUAUGUAACGCAAUCCGCUGACAACUAAGACAUCACUUCUCUGAUCAAUCUAUUAUUGAGCUGUUGCAUGUGUUCAAUUCGUUUGCUGUGUUGGGCCACUGGAAUCCAAAACUAAACGGUAGUCUUCUUCCAAAGAUUAACCAAUCAAGCAUCCAUUCAAGUUGAAGUGGCUUUUCUCUUGCGACUUAUAUUGUUUGCUUCGUUUGUGGUAUUCCACCAACUCGAAAACCUCAACUUGAGAAUGAAUGGGGACGAUUUCCUCCUUUUUCUGCUGAAGCCUCUAAUGUUACUCCACUUGACUGCUGUUCAGGUGAGAAAUUAGCCAUAUCCUGUGAUUUUAGGAUGCCCAUUGUGUUUCAGAACAGAUAAGUUCGUAAUGGCGGGAAAAUGUGCUGCUUCGGUGGUAGUAAGGAGGGGGGGGGGGGGGGGGUGGUAUCAUCUCCCGUUUUCGGUCAGGAUUACGGUUACAAGAUUUCUAGGUGUAGAGUUAAGAAAAUGUUUCCAAAAUGAUAAGUUUAUAAUCACCAAGUAGUAAUCGUAGCAUUGUCAUAAAGGAGUUCAGGUGUGGAAGCAGGGGCGUAGGCUGAGGGGUGGCCCAGUGGGCCCCGCCCCCCCUUCAAGCAGCCAAAAAUACAGUAAAUGUAUGAGACAUUAUCUAAAAUACAUGAGAAAAUGCCUCAUAAGGACCUUUUGGGCCCCCUCCUGUUAAAAAUACUGGCUACACCGAUGGGAAGUGGCUUGUGAUUGUGGGAGGGGUUAUAAGAGUGAGUAACAAUAAUCUGGAACUUGGUCAAGUGUUUACAACAUGAUCAGGCAAACAACAAGAGAUUGUAUAGUAUUUUCUUAAUCUAUACCAUUAUGCUAAUAGAUACACAGAGAGAA